AUGGCAUCAAAAAAAGGCAAAGGGUCCGCUCUUCCUCCUGGCAUGAGCACAACCGACCCAAAAGAAUACCUGGAUGCGCUUGGCAUCACAACUGACGCCGAAUAUAUGUACGUCCAACAAAUUCUCCGAAUGUUCACCGACCCAAUCCUACGAGAUUACCUCGCCGAAAGUGGAGAUCCUUUGGAGUUUCUAAAAAUAUGCCGCGUUGAAGUCCAACGUGCAUUUAUCAGACUCGAGCGAGUUCUGCCCCCUGCUGUUAAGGCCUUCAUAACAAGUCCACGGCAACUCACAAUUGCCCUAUACGAGCUCUUUGAAUUUCUGCGACACUUUGAUUACACCUGGCUAUACCCAAUACCACCCUCGGAUUUCAGCCUUCCUCCAGUUCAAUCUAUUCACUCUCCAACCCGCCCCCCACAGUCAUUGCCGAUUCCUAUUUCCAUCGCUGUUCGUCCUCAUGCCGGGAAAACUCUCCCCGGGUCUUCCUUAACAAUUCCCGGUGCCAGAUUCUCUCCCUACAACCCCACUAGCGCUGGCAGUUCCAAUUGUUUAGCUAUACCUGCCCAUCUUUUCCCUGGUAGUGCUCAGCAAGCUAUCGCAUUUGACAUCAUCGGACCUCCUCCGCCUAACUCUCCAGCUGGAUUCGUGGCUCAAGCCACCGCUGACCGCUGA